UGUUUCCGGAAGCUGUCAGCGGUGGCACGAUGAGCUUCGAGUGGCCCUGGCAGUACAGUUUCCCACCGUUUUAUACGCUACAGCCCAAUGUGGACACGAGACAGAAGCAGCUGGCAGCAUGGUGCUCCCUGGCUCUGUCGUUCUGCCGGCAUCACAAGCUCUACACCCUGGACAUCAUGGAGGCUCAGGAAAGCCCCGUGUUCAACAACAAGAAGAUAGAACGAAAACUGUCAAUGGAAGCAAUCCAAGUUGUGUUUGAGGAGCUGAGGAAAAAAGGUAACCUGGAAUGGUUGGACAAAAACAAGUCCCGGUGUUUGGUCAUGUGGAGACGACCAGAGGAGUGGGGCAAGUUAAUAUACCAGUGGGUUUCCAGAAAUGGGAUGAACAACUCUGUGUUUACACUUUACGAGUUGGCCAAUGGGGAUGAUACAGAGGGAGAAGAGUUUCACGGCCUGGAGGACUCGAUGCUGCAGCGCUCGUUGCAGGAUUUAACAACAGACGGCCGAGCCGAGUUCAUCAGCGUGGACGACGCAAAGGGCGUCAAAUUCUUCUAAAGCUGUGAACCCCCAUACUGUACCUUACAGGCAAAUUUGUAAUAUUUAUAUUAAAUAAGUGGUGUUGCCUUUUGGUUCGCCCUAAAAUUCAUAGCCUUUUCUUAUUGGAGGAGAACCAAUAUGUAAGUGUUUGGGUAAAAAGAGCAACGACGCCAUGUUCAAAGUUGACACCGGUAACUUUUGUUGCCGUGUAAACAUGCAAUUAAUCUAUCAGGGGCAUAGAUAUGUUUGAAUACCUAAGGGAAUUAUCUUUUCCCACCAGCUGUAACCUUUACUCUCUUUAUUGUAAAUACAGGAAGUAAAUAUGAACCGGUUUUAUGGCAAUUUUCCUAUGUUAAUAAAUUGACACGGUAGAAUUAGCUCGGGACCUUUGCUCGGCUGUUCCUCCUCAAACCUCCAAGGAAUCCCAGUGCACGACACCAGAGGGACUUUCUUUUAUUUUGAGAAUGAAAGCUUCCAGAAGAGGAACUGGCCAGAGACUUGCCCCCCCGACCCCGGCUGGACGCAGCUGAGUGGAACAACAGCGGACUCCAUGUACAGAUUGCUGUCAUCCUGUCAUAAUGUGCAGUUGCUACUGUGACACUCCUGCUACUCCCUCUCUCUGUAAUCUUUUUUCAUAUCAUGUAGGAAAAUAAACUAGUUCUUUGCUA